AUGGAGAAAAGUGUAAACUUCUUGUUGAACAAGAAAGAAAAAGAUCAAUCAUCAAAUAAAACGAAUGUAAUGAAUGAAUCGUUAAGUCAGAAAGUGACUGAAACCACUUCUGACCUACUUAUUUCACUUGCAAAUGAACCUUCACUGGCUUAUUUUCAUAUUCAAGAACAUAUUAGAAAAUCAGUUCCGGAAAUCUUGAAAUACCAAUUGAGAGUCGAACAUUUAGAUUCACAACUACGUGGUUCUUGUUAUGAUCUUGACUAUGCACUUGAUAAUGUUAGAAGUAUCUCAAGGCUACAGUACAUUUUAACCGGAUUAAUGAGCUCUUGA